GCAAGCGAUCGAAAUCCUCACUCUUUUUCCACCGAUUACGGCAGCGCAGUAUUAUCAUCAGCAACGUAUCAGCAUAUUAUCAGCGUUACAUUCUCACCCUCCUUUGACGCCCCUAACAACGACAUGACUGGGAAUAACCACGAUCCUCCCCCAAAUGGGCAUGGCAGUUAUGACAAUCAAGACCAUCCCUCCUCAAAUGGACAUGUCAGUUAUGCCCAGCCAGACAGGCUACGAAACGGUUUGAACGAGCUCGACAUCUCGAGUGGCUUUCAGGUUACCCUCAAUGAGUAUAACUCUAUGCACGCCAGGAUGAACAACGGUCUGAACCUCCUUAUGAAUGUGUACCGCGACACGAACAACAAACUCCAUGAGCUUGAAGACAAAAAUAUGGAGCUGUUGUCGAAAAUCCAGGAGUACAGAGACUACACUGCGGAACUCGAACAUUAUAUUCGCGGCCUGGAAGUAAAGAACAGGGUUCUCAAUGACACCUCCAACGCAUUUGCUUGCCUAAUAAUUGAUGGCGACGGUGCGUUGUUCAAGGAAGAGUACCUGGCCCAAGGCGAGGAGGGUGGCCGCGAGGCUGCCCAUAAGCUCCAUUCCGCCAUCAAGACAUACCUGGAGUCGGCCAAUAUGGAGGACCAUAUAAAAACUAUUGUGGCCAAGGUAUACUUGAACGUCGAAGGCCUCACCAAAGCCUUGAUGGAGUCCGGCAUCAUACAUGAAGAAGACAAACUCACAAAGUUUGGUCGCGGGUUUUGCCAAGCUCAGCCCUUCUUUGAGUUUAUCGAUGUUGGCCGCGGCAAGGAAAAAGCAGACCUCAAGGCCACUAAGCACUUUCACCUCAUGCUGCACCUGAAGGAAUGCAAGCGUGUGAUGCUUGCUGGGUGCCAUGACAAUGGCUAUGCCACGUAUCUUGAGGAGUACAGAUGGGCAUGUGACAAGAUCACCCUCGUGGAGACGACCCCCGCCGCAAACGGUGUCGCAAAACUGAAACAACAUUUCGACUUCAGGAAAUUUCCAGACGUUUUCCGCUCCGAGCCUCUCUUCGUCAAAAAGCGCAGCCAACAGCACUACCCCUUCCUCACCCCCUACGGCAACAUCGAGGCACCUCUUAGCCCUCCGUCAACCUAUGCAACAAAGGCUCAGGAGCCAGCUAUCGGCAAAAAGAACCAUCCGGCAACUCCUUCUGAUGCUCAAACGUCGAGAGGCGCUUCUCCCUCAGCCGCUCUUACGAAGACGCCCAGCCCGACUCAAGCUGCCGCUACCCCAGCACCCAGCUUAGAUGGCCCCCAGAAAAAGAACCACCAACCAGCAGAUGACGAAGGCUGGCAACCAGUCAGCUACGCCAAAGCUGCAGGCUAUACCAAAGUCGGCCGCAUGACCAGCAGCAACGACCCCGUGAUCGGCAACUUUCGCAACCCACAACCCAAGACCGAGAAGUUGUAUUUCUACCUCAACGAAGCCCAGCAGCGUCUCGACCAUCCCUUGGCCAGACCUCCCGACACCCAAACACGCCAAGAUAUGGAGGAGAGGACAAAGAAGAAUGGCGCCAACUAUUGCAAUGGCCACCACCUGAUCAAGCGAUGCAAGCACUUGGCCGAGAACAAUCACGGCGAUUGUGAUUACAUCCAUGGCGCGCCGCUGAGCGAAAAAGAUAGAAAGUUUCUCUGGUACAAAGCACGGAGUGUGAUUUGCAGGAACGGAAGUGAUUGCAGGGAGGAUUAUUGCCUUGCCGGACAUCACUGUGCCUGGGGGAAGGACUGUAGGAUAGGAAAAGAGUGUCGGUUUAAGAAGACGCAUGGUGUGGAUCUUGAACCGUUCUAUAUCGUUCACGAGGGGGAUCCCUGCCCGAAGCGGCUCAUUAGAAGGGGCUAGUCCUCCGCUUCUGGCGCAUAGGCAUGUGGGAAGAUCCCGUCAGGGAGAGGAAGGCGACCCGAACUGGGAAGUCAUGACGGCCUUGAGUUGAACCACAUCGACAACAGCGGUUGGAGGACAGCCAAUGCAUAGGCCAACAAGACUCUCGAGGCAGAUGAGACACACUGGACCAGUGUCGGUUGAAGGAACAGCGGACGGCGUGAAUGUUGCGUUGGCAUUUUAAUCCAGGUACACGAUUCACUUUGCAGGAGAUACACGGAGCGCAUUUGGCCUGUUGCAUUGAGGGAUGGGAUACAAAGGGUCCAAAUCGGUAGCGAACAUGGAAGGAUCUCGCAAGUAAUCGAGCAGCAAAUCUUGUGGACCAGGUACCGAGCAACAAAGAUAGCAUAUGGCCUAAAAGACAUGUUUUAUAGUC